AUGGCAGCAUCAUCAUCUCGUUUUCUUAACCCAGGUCCCAUCCACCCUGCACGCGUCGCAAAACGUGCAAUUAAAUCGAGCAUCGCGCGAUCCAUUAGAAUCACAGUUAACGACCCACUCGACCACGAAGCACCAGCUAUUUUGCACGAGCCCAAAUGCUACACCGCCGAGGCUGCAAAAUUGUCUGCUGUAAUAUUGAUCAGUGGUGCAGGCGGGGGUGUAAGCGGACCGGCUGGAAUCUAUCCAUCGCUCGCGGAGAAACUUGUUCUGUUAUUAUCGAUCCCGUGUAUAAGACUUGACUACCGUGAGCCUGCGAAGACAAGCUACUGCUCUGCAGACGUCAUUGCGGCAAUGGAUCAUCUCGCGGUUGAGUUUUCAUCGGAACAUUUUGUUCUUGUUGGUUGGUCGUUUGGUGGAAGUCCCUGCUUUACGGUUGCUGCAAAAGAGCCUCGUCGUGUGGCAGGCGUGGCGACGGUGGCAUCGCAAACGGCGCAGACAGAGGGAGUCACAAUGCUGUGUCCGCGGCCGAUGCUGGUUAUGCACGGGACGGGCGAUACGUGUCUCUCGCCCAGCUGUUCGGAAAGUCUGUAUCGUUCAUAUGGGCCGGGAGGCAAGCGGGUGCUGAAAUUGUUUGAUGGUGAUGAUCAUGGGUUGAGUAGGAAUGCAGUGGCGGUUGAGAAAAUGAUAUUUGAGUUUGCGGCACGGAUUUUGGGGUUUGAGGAGAUUCUUGAAGACCCAUCUGCUAAUAUACAGGUCGGUCAGGAUCUGGCUGGGAGUAGAGGGGAGAGAUUGAGAGAGAUGGCGGAGGGACAUGAUCUCGAGGGUGGUGAGAGACUGUGA